UGCAUCACAUGUCCAUUAACAGGACGAGGACGUGAAAACGUAACAACAAGGAAGUGGCAUUAAGAAGGCAAUGGGUAGUUUUAUUUUAGCUAGUAGUAGCUACUUUAGUAAACACUAAGCGGUGCCGUAAAAUAAUAUGAGACAUCUUGGAUAUUAUCGAUGAGGAAAUGCCACUUUUCUUGCAGAAUCGGCAAAUUGAUCGCGUGAGCUCAACAUCAGAGUUAUUCAGCAAGCAUUCUCACUUGCAGGAAAACGCUCGUGUGUUCCGUAGCAAGACACCGACUACUGUCGACCCGAAGUGCCUGUUAUAUGUGCAGCAACGAGAGUUUGCAGCCACAAUUCCAUUAGACAAAUCUGUCACUAUCAUUGGGUCUGCAGAUGCAACCACCUGUCACUUAGUAGUUUUGCGACACACGGGGAGUGGCGCAACAUGUUUGGCUCACUGUGAUGGCUCCAGGACGUGGUCCGAGGUGCCCCUCAUAGUGAAGGCUGUCACCUCCUUAACCGGUGCUGUGAAGGAUGGCAGAUAUGAGCUUCACCUGGUUGGGGGAUUUGAUGAUGAAUCACAAACAUCCCACAAACUCAGCCUUAGUCUUUUGGCGGCCUUUCAGAAACAGCAGGAGGAGAUCCAUCUCGAGACAUGUUGCAUCACAGAAAUGAACGACGAGGUUGUAGAGGGGGUUCAUCGUCCAGUGGUGUAUGGAAUAGGAGUGAAUGUAAAAACGGGCGAGGUGUUCCCGGCCUCGUUUCCAACCCGAGGGCCAGCAGAGGACCUGCGCUCAGCACGCACCUUCACCGGGGGACAGAUGGUUGAGAUCUAUGACUCAAGCAAGGAACAAGUGGAAAUAGGCCCAUGCAAGUGGACACCCAACAGGGACAUUGCCUUCUGGUUGGCACAGGAUGAUGACACCAUCUUACAGUACCUGUCUACGUCCCCGAUGGCUGAGCCUCCACACUUUGUGCAGCACAUCAAGUCCACCAUCCAGUUCCUGCUGAACCACCCCACCGCAGACAGCCUCUUCCCCGGUGGCCAGCCCCAGGUCUUCAGGCGCACGCAGCAGGGAGGGUGGGACUGCAGUCCUCCUCCUUCUCCCCAGCAGCAGCAGCAGCAGUAGCAGCGUGCCGACGACAGCCCCUCUGGAGGAACUGUGGAGCUCUCAUUCACUCCUUAAACCCCUGAAAAUCACUGUGACCUUCUCACACACACACACACACACACACGAUUGAUUAUGUUUGAAUGGACAAGCACAGGUCUUCUGAAUGCGUGCAUUUCUAAUCGGACCCCUUGCAUGGAGAAGAGUGUGCCCCCUCUGGACCAGAGCGUGUCCACUGUCAGGACCGUGAGCAAAAAUUACCAUGAAUCCUUUUUCCCCAAUCUCCAGUUCAAAGUCAUUGAAAAUAUGGCAAGAAUGGUAGAGGCAUCUAAUUUGUCCUCAAGAAUGUCCAGUUUUGGGCUAUUGUCACAUACGUUACACCUACUUGGGCCUUAAGACCAAUCAGCAUUUUUAUUGGAAGUGCUUUGUGUCGACCAUAUUGAUUCACUUACACCAUUUCUUGAAUAACAGGAAGAUCUGCUAAUGAUAAAUCACUAGUCAUACCAGAUUCUGAAUAGAAAAACCUGGGCCUCGUGCACCAUUAAGUUCCUUUCAGAGUAUCAAAGGCUAAUGAUUAGCAACAUUAUAUGGAUACUUUCAGAGAUCAUUCAUCUUGAGUCUUUGUGCAACAUUUCGUGUGUUACUGCUGUAUGUGGUGUCCAAGUCAUGAAGCCAGCAUGGUAAAUGCUAUCUGGACUUGAGCUCUGUGCAAUAACUGCAUUUCAGUGUGUCGACUCAGUGUUCCACACUGAAACACGGUUGAAGAUCUCAAGUAUCUCAAUUAAAUUCCUAUCUUCAGUGGAAGACCACACACACAACAUAAUGUAGCUGAUUUCAAAGCAACUUCAUAACUUUCAUCUUCAAAUGCCUAUAAAUGAAGAAAAAGAAAUCUAUUUGAAAGUAAGUGUAUUCACUUGAAACUGUACCUGGAUCAGUUCAUCUAGACAUGUAUAGUAAAUACAGUAAAUACAACUGAGAUUC